AUGAACCAUGACCAUAGUUGACAAGACGACCGAGUCCUCCAAGGCCUCUCCUUCUGAGAAGCAACCUUUCAACUCUGUGGCACCUGCUUCCGGUGACAUGGACUCAGGGUCUACAGGAUGGGUGGCUGUCUCUUCUUCGCUAGAGGCUCCGAAACACAAGAUCUCAUUGGAGCCAGUGCCGGGAGCCGCGGUGUAUUCCAGUACAUCGGGACCAGAUAAAUGCAAGCCUUCCGCCAAAGAGCUGGUUAUUGGUGAUGGGAUUGCAGCGCCUCAGAAGGUCCUUUUUCCGGCAGAGAAGAUUUGCUUAAAAUGGCAAAAGAUGCAUCGGGUUGGAGCUGGUCUCCAAAACCUCGGCAACACCUGUUUCCUGAACUCUGCUUUGCAGUGUCUGACGUACACCCCUCCCCUCGCCAAUUACAUGCUCUCCUACGAACACUCCAAAACCUGUCACGAACAAGGAUUUUGCAUGAUGUGCACCAUGCAGGGACACAUCAACCAAGCUCUGUCCAAUUCCGGCACUGUCAUCAAGCCAAUGUCCGUCAUCAACGAACUCAGACGAAUAGCAAAACAUUUCCGUUUCGGUAACCAGGAAGAUGCUCACGAAUUCCUAAGAUACACGGUUGAUGCUAUGCAGAAAGCCUGUUUGAACGGUAGCAACAAAUUGGACAGACAUACCCAAGCCACCACUUUUAUUCAUCAGAUAUUUGGAGGAUAUCUCAGAUCUAGAGUAAAAUGCAUGAAUUGCAAAGGUGUUUCGGAUACAUUUGAUCCCUAUUUGGAUAUUACAUUGGAAAUAAAGUCAGCUCAAAGUGUCAACAAAGCUCUGGAACAGUUUGUCAAGCCUGAACAGCUGGAUGGAGAAAAUGCAUAUAAAUGUAGCAAGUGUAAAAAAAUGGUUCCUGCAUCCAAGCGGUUUACGAUACACCGGGCAUCAAAUGUCCUCACCUUGUCCCUCAAACGGUUUGCAAAUUUCAGUGGUGGCAAAAUCACAAAGGAAGUGAAAUACCCAGAAUAUUUAGAUAUCCGACCAUAUAUGUCCCAACCCAAUGGAGAACCAAUCAUUUAUGCACUUUAUGCAGUGCUAGUCCAUACGGGCUUCAGCUGUCAUGCUGGACAUUAUUACUGCUACAUAAAGGCCAGUAACGGGCAGUGGUACCAGAUGAAUGAUUCCACUGUUUCAAACAGUGACAUCAGGACUGUAUUAAAUCAACAAGCCUAUGUGCUGUUUUACAUCAGGACCCAUGACUUGAAAAACGGUGCCGAACACAUUCAUUCGGUCCACACGCCGGGGCAGUCUUCUCCCCGACCGGUUAUCAAUCAACGGGUGAUCGGUAAUAAACAAAGUAACCCUGGAUUUAUCGGACCUCAGCUCCCUCCACACAUGGUGAAGAAUUCGAAUCAUUUGAACGGAACCGGAUCCCUGAAGGAAACCCCCAGCAGUACGGCGGCCAUUUCUAGCAACGCUUCCCUCGUCAAAUCUUCUUCGGCGCCUUCCUUGUCCAUCUCCAAGUGGACCAUGAACCGCUCGGCCACGGCGGGCCCCCCGGAUUCCUCCAAGAAGCCCAAACUCACCCUCAGUAUUCACAACAACAAGCUGCCCACUCGCCAAACCAUCUCUCACCCCAGCUGCACCUUGGAGAGCCUCAACAAGCCCGCCCCGUCCUCCACCAUUUCCAACCCUUCCGCGGCGCAAUCUACCUCAAGUACUUCCACCGUCUCCUCGGCUGCUAAUCAAGUCUCCAAACCGUCCUCCCCGGGCAAGUCCGCUUCCAAGCUGAUCAUGAACGGCAAGGCCAAACACAGUCCCAGCCUCUUGGUUCCCUACGGAGCAGAAUCCUCGGAAGAAUCGGAGGAGGAAUCCAAAGGGCUGUUGAAGGAGAAUGGCCACGUCAAAGUGUCCAACGGCAUUUUACUAGAAGACGCGGCCGGCGGGCUGGAGGACUCGUGCACGCCCUGCCACAAGCCGGAGAAAGAAAGUUCCCAGCCCGAGUUGCCUCAAAACAUAACCGUCAUGGUCUCCAUUAGCCUAAACGACGCCCCGAAGCAGAACAGACAAAUGGGCAGCGAUCCCACCUCUCAAGGGAAGCCCGUGAAACUGGCGGAUCACCCGUUUCCCAAAACCAACGGAUUGCCCGGAAAAGGUUCUCCGAAAGCUUUGUCCUCAGUCCCUGAAGAAGACGUCUCCGAUUCCUUCAGAUAUAAGCAGUCAAAAACCUUGCCUGGGGACUCCAGCAGCCCUCCUGAACCAGAAAAGCCCAUGGCCGAGGAUGCUUCUGAAAAGGCCCCCGGUGCCCUUCCCAACAGUAUCCCAAGCCCCGUAAUAUUUUCGGACCCCAACGUCACUGCGACCACGAAGGACUCUUGUGAAAGGAUUGCCCAGACAGAAAACAGGCCGCUUGAGAACGACCGGCAACACGGUUCCCCAGGAACAGAUGAAGCAGCCUCUCCUGGAGAAGGGGACAGUCAAGAAAGGGCAGGGGUAUCCAAAGACGAGAAAGCAGCUUCAGAGAAGAGCCCAGAGCCUGCUGAAGGACAGGCAGGACCGCCAGAAACACCAGACCCCCAGAGCACCCAGAUGAGGUUGGACGGUGAAUCUAGGCCCCAAAAUCUGAAGACUCCCCUAAAGGCACCCGAGACGGGUCCGGAAAGGCAGGGCAGCCCUCCGAGCGGCAAGGACCCCCCGUGUGCCGAGAAUUCUCCCCUUCCCCAACCCAAAACUCCUGCCGAGAGCCAGAGUUCAAAGACGGAACAAAGCAAACCAGCGGACAGCGUCGAGCCGCUUCGAAGAAGCCUUGAAAAGCCGGGCCCGAAGGAGAAAGCCCACGGUUACAAAAAAACCGACCAAGAAUAUUAUCGUCCUAAAAGGAAGCGUUCUGAAACGGAGGAAGAAGAGGAGGCGGAGGAGGAGGCCGACGGGGCUGGUGGACGGAGCCAGCCUGAUGGACACUGCAGUAAGCAGAGGUGCGCUUACAGUAGGGAGCGAGGGAAGCAGCAGGAGCAGCCCCGGCGGGAAUACCACGGCACCAGCUACUACAGGUUCCCGGGUAGUCCCGAUCCCGCCAGGAGUUUGGGGAAGUACCCUCCCUACAGACCCCGCAGCCGAGGUCAAACGGACUCUGAACGGAGCAGGCCCAGUUACGGGAAAGGGGGAGAGAGGUCGUGGAGCAGGGAGCGGCACUACCAGGAGACGCCGAGGAGGUGGGAUGCGUGCCGGUCGUACAGUUACUACUACUCGGCCUCCCACGUGCCCCGGCAUAACCAGGAGAGGAAGCCGACCCACUCCGAGAGAGACUAUAGCAAAUCAAGUCAUGUUUACAGUAGCCCCUAUAGUAAGUAUGAUUAUUACAAAAGCCGUUUGAGCCACAACCUCGAUAGGAAAAAGCACGUUUCCCUAAGUCCCGAGGCCAGCGACUGCGCCCCCGAAAAGAAACCCCCCAAAAUCUUGCCAGACCCUUCUCUCGACGAACUAAAGGGACGGAAGCGGAAGAAGUCCAAGAAGAAGAAGAAGUUAAAAGAUAAACACAAGGAGAAAGAGUCCAGGUGAGCAAAGGACACGGUGGGAGAGUUACUUCAUUGCUCAGGUUUGUCCUGCCAUAUCUGGACUUCUAGCCUGCGCCAGAAGUAA